GAGUGGAUGGUUCAGAUAAUCAAACACUGGUUUGGAUUUUUGCCUCGCGAAUGGCAGGCAAAGAAUGCUUUCUACUUAUAUCAAAGUAGAGAUAUUUUUCUUACAUCCAAGACUGGGAGCGGAAAGACACUGCUCAUGCUUGCUGCCAUUCUUGCUCGGAAGCUCAUGUGGAAGCGUAAAAUUGCCUUAGUUAUUUAUCCAACAUGGGCACUGAUGGAUGACCAGGAAGCCAAAGCCCGUUCAAAGGGGAUACAGUUCUUGACAAUCCACGAUGAAUCUCUGACCCAGGCAUCACAAGAAGUUCCACCACGCAUACUUUGGACCGAGGCCGCAUCCGGAAGGUACGACAUUGUUGCAUGCGCACCAGAGAGGAUCCCAACAAAAAAUUUCAAAGAGUUACUUGAAACUGUAACAUUCCGGAAUCAGCUAGGGUUUUGUGUAAUUGACGAAGCACAUCUUGUCAUACCUUGGGGGAAUGGAUUUCGAGAGUCCUAUAAGAUGUUAGGAAGGCUGCGCUCCCUUCUCCCUUCCUAUGUCACAUUCCUGGCCAUGUCCGGUUCCUUGCACCCU